AUGGUCGUGGCUGGCGCCCUGCUCCGCCUGUGGUGCUAUCGCACCCUGGCGCGCCACUUCACCUUCAGCCUCACCAUCUUGCGCAACCACGAGCUCGUCCAGUCUGGUCCCUACGCGCUCCUCCUCCACCCGUCCUACACCGGCGCGGUCCUCGUCCAGGCCGGCUACCUGGCGCUGCUCGUGUGGGACCGCCUCUGGUGGCUGCAGCCGUGGCCCCUCUCGCUCCUCCGCUUCGACAUCGCCUGCGCCGUGCUGGCGCUGCUCACCGCGGCCGCUUUCUACCGACGCGUCUCAGUCGAAGAGGCCGCCCUCCACCGCCACUUUGGCAAGCGAUGGGAGGCACACACCGCCACCCGCAAGCGCUUCAUCCCCUUCCUUUUCUAG